CCAUUUUGAGGGUACAGCUCCACAGCCGAGAGACCCUUCAUGUGACCUUUUUAAAUAUGUAUUUGAGACAGAGUGAAUGUAGAAGCUGAAAAUGCCUGGAAGAUUGCUGGUUUCUGUUACUACCUGUCCAGCCUUUUUGCAUCAGUGCCUGAUUUGGAUGAUGUGAUAUUCCAAGGGACGCCUUCAUCGACGCCGUUCUUCCGCGAGUUGCCUCUGGUGGGAGGUGGUAGACACCAUUCAAGAUGGCCAGUCAGCCGCCAGAUGAGGCGGCAGAGGCUCAGGUCUCUGACGAGCUCGAGUGUAAGAUCUGUUAUAAUCGGUACAAUCUGAAGCAGAGGAAACCCAAAGUGCUGGAGUGUUGUCACAGGGUUUGUGCCAAAUGCCUCUACAAGAUCAUCGACUUUGGGGACUCGCCGCAAGGCGUCAUCGUCUGUCCUUUCUGCAGGUUUGAGACCUGCCUGCCAGAUGAUGAAGUCAGUAGCCUGCCCGAUGACAACAACAUCCUGGUAAACUUGACUUGUGGAGGCAAAGGCAAGAAGUGCCUGCCCGAAAACCCCACCGAGCUGCUGCUGACCCCCAAGAGGCUGGCGUCCCUGGUCAGUCCCUCUCACACUUCCUCCAACUGCCUGGUCAUAACCAUCAUGGAGGUGCAGAGAGAGAGCUCCCCGUCUCUGAGCUCCACUCCCGUGGUAGAAUUUUAUAGGCCUGCGAGUUUCGACUCUGUCACCACCGUGUCGCACAACUGGACAGUGUGGAACUGUACGUCCCUGCUCUUUCAGACGUCUGUCCGGGUGUUGGUGUGGCUGCUGGGCUUGCUCUACUUCAGCUCCUUGCCCUUAGGGAUCUACCUACUGGUGUCUAAGAAAGUCACUCUUGGGGUUGUCUUUGUCAGCCUCGUCCCUUCAAGCCUUGUCAUUCUCAUGGUGUAUGGUUUUUGCCAGUGUGUUUGUCACGAAUUUCUAGACUGUAUGGCACCUUCUUCUUAAUUAAUAUGCAGACUAAGAAAUUUGACACACAUUGCCAUCUUUGAAGCUAGGUAAUUUAUCAUUUAUUUAUUUUAUAUUCUCAGUGAUUAGUGUCCAUGACAUUAACAAAGCCAUUGGCCCAAUGUUUGUGGUCUCUUUUCCAUCAAAAAGCUGACUCCAUUGGUUUUCCUAUAUGCUGGACAUAGAAAGUGCUCAUUUCUUCUUAGGUGUUAGCAAAGAUGCAAGCAUGUAUAAGCUAAGCCUUCACAGAGCACUUCUUGUGAGCCUGCCCACAGAAAGGGCAGGAGUUCACUCACCCCUGCUAGAAGGCACUAGCAGGGAGGGGUUAGGCUGUAGGAGGGGUCUUUGCAAAAGGUUAGGGAUGAACCUGUUCCUCUAAUCCUUAAUAAUCUAUGAUGGUGGGUGGACACAAGAGGAGAGCUUUCCAAGACACAUCUACUUGAAAAGUGUGACCUGCCCCUCCCCCAACCCCUCCCACACUCCUCCCGCACCCCUCUCCCGUACCCCCUUGUAUCCCCUCCUGCACCCUCCUCCACGCACCCCCUCCCACACCCCUCCCACACCCCUCCCACACCCUGUUGUUGGCCCCCCCCAGAAUCCUCUCGAGGAGCUCUCUUGCCAGUCAGCACGCUGUCAGUGUCCCAGUGACGCGCUCCUUCCUUCUGUACAUGGUUCUUCGCCGAAAGGAAACUCGGCCUCAUGCCCUUGGCAAAAUACCCAUUUUGCCAGAUUUCUAAAGAGAAUUAAACAUAUUGCGGAAUUUGUAUUUAAAGCAGACUCAUGACUGAAUAUGGCCGCCUGUCUUUAAGACCCUUUCGUCCAUAUUUGUUGUCUUCUUUCCUCCCUCCUCUCUGAAAUUCUCACAGAGCAGUUACAGUUCACGGGCGUCUUCAUGUGGGUCCUGCCCUCGAACGGUGUCGCUGAGUUUUGUUCACCACCUUGUUCGGCAACCCCACCCCUUACCCUGGGUGACGUUCUACUUCAGUUAGUUGUUCGAAGCAUGAGGAUUUUUCCCCCCGUUGUAUUUCAGAUUCUGCUAGGGACUUGUUUAACGUAAUCCUAUAACAGUCUGGGGGUAAGUUGUGGCAGUGGAAACCCAGAAACAAUUCCUGAGCUCCCGGGUUGAAGUGCUGAGAAUGCCAGUCUUCUUGCUGUACGGGGCUGAAUUGUACCAGAACAUAACGGUUUGGGCUUCUGUGCACAAUGGGGUUGCAUUUGGCCAAAGUGACAGGGAAAGAACACACAGAGCUGACUUGCUGCUUGAGAGGACCCUCCGGGGCAGUCAGACGGAGGCGGCAGGGCGUCCCUUGACCUGUUGCUCUUCCUCUUAAAGCCCAUUUUAGCAUGGAUUCACGUUCUUACAUAAUUCAUUUCAAAUAAAAACACAAGCUGUGUGACUUGAGUUAAUGAACUCCUUUUCGUGAUGUCGGGGAAGUUGAAUGUAUAUAUUUAUGAGAAGAAACUCUUUAGCAGAUUUUAGGUUUGAGGGAAUAGAAUGUCCACAGAAACUGGGCCAAAAAAAAA